AUGAAGUGCAAAGCUGAAAGGAUUAUUGUGGAGAAAAAAUCUUUUCAGGUAGAGUUUGAAGGUUUGAAUGGUGGAACUUGGGUAUCGGUAACAGAGAGGAGCCGAGGUUUCGUAGUUUCAAUAGGAUUUGACAUGGAGGAGUUGGAUUGGCUGAUGGAGCAUUUGAAGAAAGUUGUGGAGGUGGAGGCUUCCAGGGGUUUUGUACGAAAGAUCAGGGGCAAGACUAAGACCCUCUUGAUGGAGAUAUGCUUCAAUAACAGAGGGCGGUUCAUGAAAAUUACAGAAUUUGUUACAAAAAGGAAACCUCUUUUUCUUGUCGUCCCCGAGGGCGUCAAAGGGAAAGGAUGGGAAGAUCUUAGGAAGGCAAUUCUAUCAGUGCAAGAGUAUUCUGAACGAGACGAGGAGCUUCGAAGGAGAAGAAUGGUGAUAUUCGGAUGA